UUCAUACCACUAUUAAUCUUCAAUUCAUCAUUGUUUCCGAGCCAUCUACACAAUCAAUCUGAAACACAUCAUCUACUUCACUCCUUCAACCAAUCAUGUCCAGUCCAACCAAUAGUGCAACCAGCAGCCCUAUCAAAUCGAGAAGAACGUCUUCUACUGCAUCAAAUGAGAGCACUCUAAGCCAUCACGAGUUGGAGUACAUGUCUCUCCGCGACGAAAACCUCAGCUACGAAGAUGAUGUUGAUUUCCACAUCUUCAUUGACGCCAUGGACCGGGUCGAAUCGCUUGUCACAGAAAGAGUUCCCCGAAGAGGACGAAAAGAGUCAAUAGGCCGUCUGUUCAACGGACUCAACAACAAGCUACGCCGAGACAGUACAUCAGGGCCGGCAGCAGUACUAGAAUGAACUUAACGCCAAGGUUCUAUCAAUGAUGUCGUCUUCUCGCUACCCCUUACAGCCAAGCCAUCAGGAUUUGAGCUUGGACCAUGGUUCGAUCUUACACCCGAAAAAGAGAUUGUCUAUGUGUACGAUGAGUUAUUGGGACCGCAAUUGGAAAGGGUGUUCUUCAUUUACGGGCAAUGAGAUUUUCUUCUUCUUCUUCUUCUUCUUCUUCUUCUCACCUGGUCAUUCACAGGAUGUACAAUAUUACCCA